AUGAGCGAACAGUCAACGAUUAUAAGGACAGGAGCAAUAAUAUUAUCGUCUUUUCUCAGUCGCGAUUUAUCAGUUGAUACGCGAACAGAGCAACCGCACGCUGAGGUCCACCGCUACUACAAUAAAGUAAAGGCCGAUAAUAUCCUAAGUAUCACUAAUAGCUACCAUAAUGUCCUAUCAUUAAUUCUUAUCAGAGAUAAUAAAGUAUAA